AUGAAUUUUCACAUUGAAGGCAACCAAUUCUUCAAAGAAGGAGAUUACCUUUCAGCAUGGAAUUGUUACACAAGAGGUCUCGCACAAACGCCCAAAAAUCCAGUAUUAUGGUCUAAUAGAUCUCUUACAAGUAUGAAACUUGAAAUAUUUGAACUUGGUUAUACAGAUGCUUUAAAAGCUUAUAACCUUCUUAAAGAUCAAAAUAUAAAAGAUCAAAAUUUACAAUUACUUUACGUAAAAACUAUUGAUCGUAUGUCAUCAUCACUUUCAAAAUUCGGGGUUUUUCCACGCGCUAUUUCUAUUUUAGAUUCUUUUCUAAAUAAUCCUUUAUACAAUAAUAUUCUUUCAAAGCAACUUCGUCAACAAUUUUUAAAAAAGAAGGAUGAAUAUCAAAUUCAGUUAAAUUCAAAGUUAGCACUCAAUACAAUGUUCAUUUAUGAAUCUUUAAAGCAUACAUCAAAUCCUAGAAAUUCUAGUGAAAUCGUUAAAAGAAUCAUGGAUAUGGGAAUGACAAGAUUUAAUUAUCCUUGGGAUAGAGAGAGAUUGGAAAGUCGCGGGGAUGAAAUAAAUAUUGAAAAGUUACAACGAGAAUUAAAUAUUAUUUUAUCCAAAAAUGUAAACAUUGCAUUAAUGAAUUUAAAUAGACAGAAUAAGGGUAAUGAAACUUUUACAGUUCAAUUAGGAAUAUUUGCAAAAGAAGAAAUAUCUGAAGGGACAGUAAUUUUGAAUGAAGAUCCAUUUCUUACCGUUCAUGGAUAUACAUCACCAAGAUGUGGUCAUUGUGCACGUUAUAUCAAAAUUUUAAAUUACAAAGAUUUUAAUCAAAAUAUUAAUAUAUCAACAAGAUUUAAUUGUCAGAACAACGUAAAUUGUACAGAAAUAUUCUGUAAUAAACAAUGUUUUGAUCUAGCAAUGGAACAAUAUCAUCCAGCACUUUGUGGAAAGAAUCUUCAAACAUUUUUAUAUUUUCUUUGUCAAAAUAAAUCAGGAAAUGGAGAUCCCAAUCCAUUAUUUUUAUUAAAAAUAUUUGCAUAUGCAAAAAUUAGAAACAUUUCACCACUUGAAAUUCAAGAGAUUAAAUAUCUUGCACAAUAUAAACCAAAUUUUAGAAAUAUAAAAAAAUAUGGAAUAAUGAAAGAAAUGGAAACAUAUUUACCAUCAAUAUAUUUUGAUUUUUACUUUUUAACACUUGAAAUACUUGAAAUUUCACAAUAUGAUAUAAGAUAUGAAUUUUGGAUUUAUAUUACUAUAAUGUGUAAACUUCAAGUGAAUACAUUUGGACGAGAUGGAUUAGCUUGCCUUUAUAAAUUUAUGUCAUUUAUAAAUCAUUCAUGUGUACCAAAUGUAUAUACCGAUCCAUAUAUUUCUAAUCAAAAUAUCGAAGAAGAAUCAAGUAAUAAAGGAGAAAUUAAAGAGAAUAAUAUGAAUUUAGUAACUUUAAGAAAAAUUCAAAAAGGUGAACAAAUUUUUAUUAGUUAUUGUAAUGAAACGUUAAAUAAAGAGGAUAGAGCAAUACACUUAAUUCCAGCUUAUGGAUUUGAAUGUACAUGUGAGAAGUGUAGGAAUGAAGAUCCACAAGAUUUAUGUCACGUAUAUUUGCUUCCUGUCUGGUGGUUAGAUUGUUUUAGGGAAUGA